AUGCGACCGAAUGCUCAUUAUUUUCCCUACAGACUGAUCAGAUCUCUUUCAAAAAGUGCUCCUUUUUUAUGCCCGGUCUUCCACAUCCUUCUCAACAACCCGUGGUAUUUCGAGAACUACCGGAAGUAUCGUUAUGAUGUAUGUGUUUGUUUAAGAACGUAUUUUUCAUUCUUCAGAUGCCUUUAUUCACACUAAUGGCGCGAUUACGGGUUCGCUUCGUAGUUUUCGUAGGAAUUGCGGUCACUAUGGUCGUAUUGCUGUUCAAUAUGAACACUGAGUUCAUGGUUAGUCAGAAGGAGGUGGUCAGGUUUUACAUGACGCCCGAGUUUGAAUUGGCGCCUCAAGACGAAAAUUGGUAAGGUUUUUACAUAUAUGUAGAUAGAUGUAUACAUGAUAGUAAUUUUGCAUCCAUUUUUUGGACUUUCAAAAAAAUAGGAAAAGUUUACGCAUUUUUGAAAAAAACAGUGCUUUGUUGCAUAUAGUGUAUCAGUCUGUCGGGAAAAUAAUGUGGAUUCGUCGCGACUUAAAAUCGCACAUCAUCGCUUGGCUUGCCGCGGUUGGGGAUUUGGUCAGUUGCGAUAAAACCACAUUAUUUUUCCGACAGAGUGAUAAAGAAGUUAAUUUUGCCCAAGGUUGAGCCUUGAGGCCUCUCAUUAGCAUUUUCAUAAAGUGCAUGGAUAUUUUUUCACUUUCUCACAGUGCGUCCGGAAUUUUUUCCGACGCUUGUGGUCAACGCACAAAAUUGAAGAAAAUUUUCAUCGUAUAACAUAUCACACCUCAUUUUUUUCAAUUUGAAAAAAAAAACUCCAUCGUAUAAAGCGUCACACCUUAUUCUUUUUCAUUUGAAAAAAUUUUCAUCGUAUAACAUGUCACACCUUAUUUUUUUCCGCUUGAAAAAAAAUUCCAUCGUAUAACAUGUCACACCUCAUUUUUUCAAUUUGAAAAAAAUUUCCAUCGUAUAACAUGUCACACCUCAUUUUUUCAAUUUGAAAAAAAAUUCCAUCGUAUAACAUGUCACACCUCAUUUUUUCAAUUUGAAAAAAAUUUCCAUCGUAUAACAUGUCACACCUCAUUUCUUCAAUUUUCAAAAUGAGGGGGAGUGUUUAAAAAAGGAGUGUUCGGAUUGGGCGGGAGAGUUCAGAAAAGGGGUAGAGUUUUGCCGCAACGGCGAAACCCCAAAAAGAAAAGGUGUUAGAAAAGAUAAUAUAUACGUACGGUGCACGAAAAAAGGGGGUUUUUAUUGACCGAGCGUGACAAAUGUCCAUGCACUUUAUGAAAAUACUAGUGGGUUGUUUUCUAUAGUGAAAUUUUGUCAUACAGGAUGUUCGGUGUACACAGGUUUGAGUAAAAUUUCAUUUCAGGAAGUUGCUAAUCGAUCUGGACUGCUUUAACCGUCUCAGCAAAAAUCUCCCUUGCCAAGCGCCACUUCAAGUCGCUUCUUUCUCCAAUACCUCCGUAUCAUCACACUUUUCCCCGGUAUAUCGUCUUUCCCGCGAUACCACGCACGAUUUCACCACUUUCACGCCACUGAACGCAACCCAUCCCACCCGUUUGAUCGUGAAUUUCGAGUUCUGGAAGCCGAAAGAAAUCGGGCUGGUGAAUGGAGAACAAGUCGAAGUUGCGGUCCCUGACGAUCUUGAUGCCUUCACGAGGAAAUGGCACAAGUCCGAAGCCAUCGAAUGCACCGGAAUUGGCGCAAAAAACCGCCUUUUCUGGGAUGCACGGCGGGUUCUGCCGCUCCGCGUGGUCAAGGAAGUGAUGGCGCCGUUUCGCGAUUUUUGCGACCGAAACAACAGAACUGCGUUCAUCACAAGUGGCAGUUUAUUGGGUGAGUGAAAUUGAUGAUGAAAAAUAACUUCACGAAAGUUCAUGGGCAAUGAAGCCAUCAUAAAAAUUACAGUGAAACCGCUGUAGUAUCAGUCUGUCGGGAAAAUAAUGAGGACUCUGACGCAUCGAAAAUCGCAUCGCCGCUGAGAAAAUGAAUUGUGUCGCGGCAAAAUCAAAUUGCUUUUCACUUCAGCGACGCGACCGACAUUUUUCUCAUUAUUUUCCCGACAGAUUGAUACUCGGCAUAAAAUCUUCUGAGAAUUUGCACGGUGCUCCUUUGGCGUGUUGCUGCGGAAAUUGCAAAAAAGUCCCCAAAAACCGCAUUUUGCACAGUGCAAUUUGGAGUUUUUGGAUUUUUUUGCUUUCGUCGUAGAUGAUUCCCAUUUGUCGCAGCGACAAAUCGUUUUUUUCAGAAUCAGAAUUUGCGGUCCCUGAUGAAUUGCGAGGGCUUUUUGCGCCGACGUCCAUGCCCCUCGGUUUCUCUCCAGGCCGCAUAUCCGUCUGUCGGGAAAAUAAUGAGCGCAAUUUCUUUUUUUAUUAAUAAUAUCGGUCUGUCGGGAAAAUAACGGCGGAUCGUCGCGCCUCGGAAUCAUCCAUUAUCGCUCUGCGACUGCAAGCCGCGGCUUGGGAUUUGGUGCGCGAUAGCGGCGAGGCGCGACAUUUUGAUGCGACGAUCCGCCGUUAUUUUCCCGACAGACUGAUAACGAGCAUAAUGUCGCUGAAGUGAAAAGCAACUUGAUUUCGCCGCGAAGACAAUUCAUUUUCUCUGCGAUUUCUGAUGCGACAUUGUGAUCGUUACUUUCCCGACUUACUGACUCCACUACGUUUUUUUAAAAGUGUAGCGACACAGUUCGAAAUGCACUUUGCCGCGCGAUAUUCGGUUGCACACCCCAACUUUGAUUAAAAUUGGUCUGUCGGAAAAAUAGUGAGCGCAAUGUCGCAUCGAAAAUCGCAUCGCCGCAGUGUCGCAGCAACACCAAAUUUGCUUUUCAUUUCAUCGCCACGGUUGGCCGAGCGACAUUGCCCUCAUUAUUUCCCCGACAGGAUAAUUGCCCUCUCCUUGUGAAUCAAUCAAUUCAUAAUCUCCUUUCAGGAUGGUACCGCGAGUGCUCGAUAAUCCCGCACACCACGGACAUUGACUUUGGCCUCAUGAUCUCCAACUACUCCCGAGAAUUCGAACAUCUCCUCGACCGAAACUACGAGUUGUUCUGGGCAUUGGGCGAUGGGAACACCUCAAUGGAGCUCUCUUUUCAUGUGGGCAACGUCAAAACCGACCUGUUCUUCUUGUUCGACUACAACUCCACUCAUUCGUAUUUCUCGGGAAUGCUGGUUUCGGCACGAAAAGAGUUGUUUUGGAUCUACCCGAAAAUCGACAGGAUAUGCGCCGGCAAUUUGCUGGGCAGCCUGAUGUAUGUUCCGUGCAAUACGGAGGAGUUUUUGAGGGUAGGUGAAGAGUUUUAAAAAAAAAGUAAAAACAGAAAAAUUUCAAAAAUUUUUCAGAAAAUCUUUUAUCUCACGCUUUAAAUGAUUACAAAAAAGUCAAAAAUUAGUCUGAAAAACACCGAAAAAAUUUCAAACCGGCUACUUUUUAGUCAAAAAAUUCUGUCGGGAUAAUAAUGAACACUCUGUCCCUGCGCCAAUUGCAUCGCUGAAGUGAAAGCAAUUUGAUUUUCUCGCGACACAAUUCAUUUCCUUGGCGGCGCACGUCAAACUGAGAUAAUCUAAAACAGUCCGGUGAAUGGAUUGGCAAUUUGCCAAAAAAAGACGCGAAAAAACGUUUUGUCGGGGAAGAAAUGGGGAAUUUUUGGGGCGAGAGAGUACGUUUUUGCGUGUCUUUUUUCUCUCUUUCUCUGCGAAAUAGACGAAGUGUAAAAAACCGAUAGCGAAGAGUCUAUUCUGGUCACCGGACUCCUCAGUUUGACGUGCGGCGAUACGAUUUUUGAUGCGACAGAGUGCACAUAAUUUUCCCGACAGACUGAUAAAGCACUCUUUUAGCCAUAUCUCUAACAUUGUCCUUCAUGGUAGAGAUAGAGAUGAAACUUUUCAUGGCAAAAUUUGCUUUAAGCUAUCGCAUUUUGGCGUCUUUUCGAGCUAAAAAUCUCGGUUGUUUCUGCUAAGUGCGCGCUAGGAUUCUCGGAUAUGUCUUCGAAAGUUUUAUUGUAAACUUUUCCAAGUUUCAUCAAAAUCUGAGUGUCCCACUUCCCCUAUAAAGCAAGAUUUUCAUUUUUUGCUGACGUAUAUUUACCUAUUAAUAUUAACGUAUAUAUGAACAUUUUAGGCCGACUAUGGGCCGGACUGGAUGGUCGAUUCCCCAUCGAGAAAGUACUACUUUGACAAAUCUGGAAAGAAUAUUAUGCCCGGGAAGACGUUCACCAAACAGCAAUGGAGGCAUGUCUAUCGGCAGCUGCGUGGCUACAAGAAGCACAGUAGUUAG